AGCCAGAAUACCCCUCCCCGAGUGAUUUUUUUUUUUUUGGGGGGGCCGUCAAAUUCUCAGGAAGUUGCAAGGAGCUUCCAAAGCACACUCGAGGAGUCACAUAUCAAGAAGUAGGCCAAUUGGCCGCAAACACCAUGUUUCGUUCAGGGUUCUACCGAUAAUCCAGCUCUACGAUGCGGUCCAGCCUAUCGCGCAGGGUGUGCCGACAACUUGUGGCCUCCCAUGGCUUCACUUCGCCAGCCUGCGCCCUCUCCGCGCCGGGCCAUACCUCCCUCUCCCUGAGACCAACACGGCCCCGCCAUGGCUCGCUCACGCAUCUCUCACGAAGGACCUUUAUGAACAUGUGGAAGAAAGAGCCAAGAGAAGUCAAACAAGCAGGCUUCGAACCAGGCUUCACCACCUUUGUCGAUUUCCGCGCGCACUCGGUCGAGGGCACCAGACUACCUUCUGACGAGGAGCUGGUGCAGGCGUUCCGGGCCUUCUUCGACUCCAAACUUACGCACAGGCGGGCUGUCAACUCGUCUGAGGCUUUCGUCGCGCGUCUAGUCCUCGAACACCUGCAGUCGAUAAAGACGGAAGAGCUCGCGUUGACCCACCAGGACUUACAAAAGGCCCUGGGCGCGAUUGCAACGCCGCGGUCCAAAGGAAUUUCUCGCGACCACAGUGAGAUUGCUACUAUCUUGUAUGAUGGGAUCAAGGCCACAAGAACUGGUUCUAAGAAUCUCAGGCCGGAAGAAGAUGCACGCCAAGAAAUAAAUUCGGCGGAUCUGGAACUCUACAUUACAGCACUGACUAGAUUCGGCGGGUCGAGGAAGGCAUCACAAGUCCUGUCGAGCUUACAGGGCUUCAUGCGUCACUCCAAGCUGAUUCAGUCCGACAAGCUGUCGAGGCUUCACAUGCUGGUUCUCCGGGGGAUCGCCACAGAGCGGCAGGAAUCACCCGAAAUAUAUGCAAAACAGUUGGAAGAUCUCGGCUUUGAGUACACUUCAGAAUUCCACGAGAUAAUGACAACAUUCUUCGCUGAAACGGAGAGCGACGCCGACGGACAGCUCCACGAAUGGUUCAAGAGACCGAUCGUCGGGGGCAAGAUGGCAAGGCCAGAGUCCUACAUGAGUCUGAUUAGAUUUUCUUUCAGAACAAGUUGUCAGCCAGACUGGCUGCAGGUGGCUAUGCAGGAUCUUUGCGACUCGAAUCCACCAAAGCUCUGGUGGGAUGUUGUUCUGAAGUGGGCUGUAUACCAGGGCAAGGACAUCAACCAUAUCAGACACAUGAUUGAUGUCAUUGUGCAGUUGAACCCAGGCAAUGAGUAUGUCAGGGCAGACAUUUUCACCAUCAAUGGUUUGAUUGAGGCCGCGGUCGAGACCAAGAACGCUCUCCUUGCCGAAAGGGCGAACGCUCUGGCUUCUGAGAUGGACCUGAAACCAAAUGUGAGAACGUUUGCGCUUCUACUCGAGGCGCGUAUGAUUGGGCAUGACAGGACCGGCGCCGCCUCCGCCUUCGAAGAUCUGAUCCACUGUGGCCGCUUACAAUCGGGGUCAAAAAACGUGGAUACCGUCAAUUUGUAUCUAAGGCAUCUGUGCGACGCAGACUCCACGGACUCUCGGAGGAUCGUCGACGUUCUGGGUCUUGUCGAAAGCCAGCAGGGCGAACUGAAGCCCGACACAGUGGUGGCAUUGUGUCUAAGGUUCCUGAGGGACGAUAAAACCAUGGAGGUCGUGGAUACAUUGGGGCUGCACCUGAAAACGUUCAGCAUGGACGAGCGGCGAAUCGUCCGGGAAGCUUUCUCGAGAUAUUGCCUUGACAAGGCUGUAAGCACUGCAAGGGCAUGGGAUGGCUACUCGCUCAUGCGCCAGUUCUUUCCUGAGACGUCAAGACAUGAGCGGGUCCAGCUCAUGGAGGGUUUCUUUGGCCGCAAACGUGCCGAUAUGGCCUCUCACAUCUUCGGACACAUGCGUGCCCAUCCCGAUGAGAGUAUCAGACCCGACCUCGACGCCUAUGUUCUCUGUCUCGAAGGCCUAGGCGCAGUUCCCGACGCAGAGAGCCUGGGCAUGAUCCACAAUAUGUUCAAGAUGGACACGAUGAUACAGCCCAACGUGAGGCUAUUCAACGCCUUCAUUAUUGCUUACACCGGCUGUGAUGAGCCACGGAGAGCUUUUGACUUUUGGCAACAGAUCUCGAAUCUCCCGGAAGGUCCGACUUACACGAGUCUGGAGCUGGCCUUCCGAGCCUGUCAGAAGAUGCCGUUUGGGUACGACAGGGCCAAGGUCAUCUGGGAGAAGAUGCAAAGGCUGGAGGUUGAGAUACCCGAAAGAGUCUAUGAUGCGUACAUGUUGAUGUUAGCCGGCCAGGGGCAGCUGGACCAGGUCCAGGAUAUGUUGCUCUCCAAGGCGGUUGAGUACAGCAGCAAGCUCACUCCUCGCCUAACCAGGCUCGCAUACAUUUUUAACGCAAUCCCGUUCCCGCAUUUCCAGCAAGCCUACAAAGACUGGGCAUCGUUAGAAUUCCCAGAUAAAUGGGAAAGGAUCAACAAGUACAAGAUGACGAAGACAGUGGAGGGCACGGAUCGGAUCUCCAUCGCAGCCGAGAGGCUUAAGGCUUGA